UUUUCGUCGUGUUCAGCGUAGAAUACAAAUUUUAGUGUCGGCGAAAAUGUUUGGAGCGCAACAACUGUGGCAUGCCUCUUGCUUGGCUUUAAUCGUCUUUUGUGGAUUCGCGCAUGCAAAAGGCGCACACAAAGUACACUGCUCCGAGGAUCAGAUGCGCGUGGACAUUGGACUGCCAUCGGAUGUGAGUCCCAAUUCCAAUACCAAUACGAACAGCAGCGAUCUUGAGCGUCCGCAGAUCUACUUGGAGGGUCUCAAGGGCUAUCCGGAUGUGCGCUGUCAGCCCGAAAUCAAUGGCGCCCUCGCCGUCUUUCGUCUAUCCCUCAGCGAUUUCUACGAGUGCGGCGUGACGCGCAUGGUCAACCAGCUAACGGGCAAAAAGGUAUAUUACCAUAAAAUCAUCAUUGAAUCGGCCAGCAGCAAGGAGAUUGUCAGCGUCAAAUGUAUUACCACAAGCGGUCCAGUUUAUAAUGUCAUGAUGAAUGGCACCAACGCUGCACGGGAGCAGACUCAGGAGCAACAGCAACCGACGCAACCGACACAACAACCACAACAUCAUGGCGUGGUCAGACGCGAUGUGUUGCCAGCGGGCUUUCAGGAACCAGACGAUCUGGAGAUUACCACCUCGUUGACAAAACGUGCUCCCGAGCCGCGUCUAUCGAUUGGCGUUAGCCAGGAUGGCCAGAAGUUCACCAGAGAUUUAACCGUCAAGUCGGGCACUCCUCUGACCAUGGAAAUCAAUCUGGAUGAGGACUCGGCGCCUGUUUAUGGCCUGGGUGUCAAUUAUUUGGAUGUGACCGACACGCACACCUCCUCCGAAACGCUGAUCUUCAAGGGCUGCACUGUAGAUCCGUAUCUGUUUGAGAACUUCAACACCAUUGAGGGCGAUAUUCUGAGCGCCAAGUUCAAGGCCUUCAAGUUUCCCGACUCCUCGUAUGUGCAGUUCCGUGCUACGGUCAAUGUAUGCCUGGACAAAUGCCUGGGCACACAGUGCUCCAACAACCAGGUGGGCUUCGGCAGACGCAAGCGUGAGAUUAGUGCCGCGAAUAAGGUCUAUGAAAUAUCGCUGGCCAUGUUCCUGCAAGUCAACGACAUCGAGGGCGUCAACAAGAACGAGGUGCUGCAGCUGGAGGAGAAGCUGCGCGAACUGAAGUUGGCCAACCAGCGUCUGGCGCGCAAUAGUCGCGGCAGCUUUGCCGAGCUGAGCCGCAGCAUGGAACAGAUGCCCGCCAGCAGUGCCGUGCCAGCUUUUGUGGUCGAUGAGCGGGAGCUGGGACAGCUCAGCUCGGGUGCAGUCAACCCAGUCAUCUUUAGCCUCUGGUCGUUGAUCUGUGCGCUGUGUUGGCGCCUUAUGUAAAUAGUCCAAGGAAUGGCGAUUGUAAAUCUCAAACGGAAGGCGAACAGGCAGGCAGGAUGUUAAUCAGGUUGGCGUUGCGUGUGUGCAGUGUGUAUGGCAAUAAAUGAAAAGAAAACAAUAUA